AUGUAUGAUACACCUAAAGACGAUGGGGUAAGGACGGUGGGAGCAGGUUUGGUGAAACUAGAAGCUCUUAAUCCGGACUUGCACGUCGGCAGCAGAUGUAAGACGGUCGCCUUCCUGGGACCUGGUGCGAACCCAGAGGCUCGGUCCUAUAUCUGCGACUGGCCCAUACUCCUACUACCACCAAAAUUCGCCGUAUACAGAAAGGUAAAUAUAAUACGUUCCCUCUCUGAAAUAGUAAAAGCAUUCACAAAAAUUUGGUGGAACCUGAACAAACAUAACACCAACGACACAAACAACAACAACAGCAACAACAAUAAUAAUACCUUCGAACACGUUGACAAUAAAAGCAACAGCAACAGUAAAGGUAACUUCACAAACGGUCGCUACAACAAGAAGAACUACAACAACAACAACCACCGCCACCGCCACCAUCACGAUGACAACAUGAACGAACGCACAAACACAAAAAAGAUACAAGAACAAUAUCAAAGUAAGGAUCAAGACCAGCUGGAACAACAAGAGAAAAAAAUUCAGGUGAAGGGAAGGCCAACGUACCAAAGAUUGAUGCCAACUGGGAGCAACAAUAAUGGCAACAGCAACAAUAAUAAUAGCGACAACGAUGUUGUGGAGAGGAAAGAACACGCACACAGAGAAAGACACAAACAAGCUAAACUAAGGCGCCAGAAUAGCAGCAGUGAAGGAAAUGAAGUGAGAGGUGGGGGUCAGCAGAAUGGAAGACAAUAG